CACAGGCCUGGGUUCCCUCUGGCACUCACAGGAUCCCACUCAUCCCACACCUUAUAAAAGCUGUGAACUGGUUUAAACUGGCCACAAACCAAUACACAGGAGCCAAGCCCAAAACAACCAUCUCAAAACAGCAGGGUCAGCCCCACGGGACCCUUUGUGGCUGGGUCCUGCCACAUCCAGCUGCCCACUUGGGCCUGGGACCAGGGGACCCACCUGCCUGCUCCGGGUGACCCACAUGGACAAGGCUGUUCCUGGGGAGUAGCGUGUCCCCAGUCCCACCUGCACCCUGCAAGGCAUUGGUGAGGCAAUGGCAGGGCCAAUCCUGAAGAGCUGGUGGCAGCAUCAGUGACUUUGCCAGGGUGCUGUGCAGCUCUUCCUUAGGAAAGCGGAUGUGGGGACAUGGUUGGGGAAGGAUGUGGCACCGCUGAGCAAAUCCAGAGCAGGGGAGUAAGGGUGUGAUGACAAGGGCCAGGAGGGUGUCAGGGCUGCAGCCUGACAGAGGGCACCUGUGUGGGCUGUGAGGGGGGAGCAGAUGGAUGUGGUCACAGCCACAGCACCCUGCCUGGGAUGGGGAGAUGGCAGGGCCACCAUCACUGUGACAACCCCCUCAGCCCUCUGCAAACAAACCACGGGGCUGUGUGCAGUGCAAACACAGUGGCAGGACCACAAACAGGACCACAAACACCUGCACCGGCACGGGCAGGCUGUGCUGGAGCCUGCUGGAGCUGGCAGGAUCUGGCCCAGGAGCAGCUGGAGCAGGGCCAGGCACCACCACAGCAGUGUUACAAUUUGGGAGAGUGCAGAGGGUGGGCAUGUGAGUCCUUGGGCUCCUGGUACCUGCCUUACAGGAGCUGAGGCCAAGGAUCAGGCCCUGGGUGCCCACCAGACUGUUUGUUCUGUUAUACCAGUGGGUGCCGUGGUGUGUGGAGUGGUGCCCUUGGCCAGGGUGGGGGACACAGGGAGACCCCUGGCAGCAGGACACGUGGUUGAGGCACCCAAACCUUCCCAGGUGUUAGCCCCCCACCUCCUGUGGGUGCUGCCCCAGCAUGGCCCCCUGGCAUAAGAUGGGGCAUGACUGGCGGCAGGUGCAGGCAGGGAGGCUGUGAGGGGCUGCAGGAGGUGGGCAGGGGUCAUGGGAGGCUCUGGGAGGCAGAGGCAGGGGGCAGGGAGCAGAGGCAGGCAGCAGAAGGCAGGCAGGAUUGGCAGCCUGCACACACCCCCCACCCUUGCCCGCUGCCAACCCUCUGUGCCAACAGCCUCCCUGGCUGCUGACGUGAGCCGGUGCCUCCCUCUCCGGAGGUGCCAGGUCAGCUGGCAAAUGCUGCUGGCACACGCCACCCGUGCACGCCUGGCCUGGCCCUGGGGAUGUGACAGGGGACUGGCAAGGACAAAAAUCCCAUCUCCAUUCAGGGACCGGGCUCCAGGGUGCAGGGCUGCCCAGGGACACAGCCCCUCACCCAGGCCACCCCCUCGCUCUGCUGCCAGAGGCUUUGGGCUGCUGAUGGCCAGAGGAGGCGGAAGGAAAAACAUCCCGCAAACAAUUGCAAAAGUCAAGUCUGAGCAAGAAGAGGAGGGCGUGAGCGGGGGGAUGCCAGAUCCGGCGGUAUUCCUUGGAGACACCAACAACAAUGGCAGGAAUAUUUUGCUCAUGCCUUGCUGAGCCCAAACCAGCCAUGGGCUGGGGGCUUGGGACCUCGAGGAACCAGCCAGGGGCUACGGCUGGCCCCAACAGGAGCCAGGGCAGGACCCUGCAUUUGCCCAGCGCUGGUGUCAGUGGUGUUUUUGGGGCUGUCACCUGGGCUGAGGGUUGGGCCAAACACAACACAUGGUUGCAAGCCCAGUGAAGGGGACAGGGAAGUGCUGGCAGUGCCCAUGCACAGAGGGCUGGGAUGAGGAUAAGGACAAUGGCUAGCUGAGGGGGGAUUGUGAGAUGAGGCUGUGAUGCUGUCAGUCACAGGAGCUCUUUAAGGGCACAAAGGUGGCCUUGGGGACAGAGAGGGUCUCUGCUACCACCUCUGGCUGCUACCACCUCCCAUGUGCAGGAUGGCGCACGGAUGGCAGUCUGUUUCCUAUCAGGGCCAGGAGGAGGUGCAGCCCUGCACCCUGAGGUCCUGCCUCUCACCUGAUGCUCCUCCUGUGAGGUGCACUCGCUCCCCUGGCACCCCCGGCCCACCCCAGGCACCCGUCCCGUCAGCCGGCGCUUGGGACCAGGGGGCGCACCGCGACCCCCCUCCUCUUCCCCUGCCUGAGGCCACGCGUUCCAGUCACAGGAAAAGGCUGGAAAGGCUGUGUCCCUCGUCCAUCGCCUGCCCUCUGCGCCCUGCAGGGACCCUGCGACUCCCAGGCUCCCGCCGCCCACCAGCAGCGGGGCGGCGGUGGCUGGUCAGGUCCUGUCCUCUCCGGGAGCGAGAACACCCCACCGAGCCCUGGCCCUGUUCCCGUCCCCGGCCGGCGGAACCCCCCUUGGGGGCGGUGGGGAAGCCCUUCCCGGGGGCGGAGCGGCCGGGCAGCCCCUCCCCGCCCCGCCCCGCCGCCCGCCGCCUUCUACCCGGCGCGGGGCCGCGCUGCUGGAGAGCGGGCACCGGAGCGGGGCCGAGCGGAGCGGGACAGGGGCUGGACGCGUGUGCCCGCGGGUCAUGGACGGGCGGGCGGUGCUGAUCCACGCGCUGCUGGCGGCAGUGUGCUCGGCGGCGGCGGGCGGGCUGCGCCGGGACGAGCUGCACAACGAGGUGCUGCACAAGGGCGGCGGUGGAGGGGGAGCGCCGGUCCCGGCCACGGCCCCGCUGCUCGGCGGCAGCCCGGAGAAGGAGGGCGGCGGAGCGGCCUCGGGGGACGACUUCAGCGAGCUGCCGAGAGUUGCCUUCCUGUCAAAGCCUCAAGGUCUGGUUACUCCCAAGAAGAAAGGGAAUGGCAAUAAAAGAAGAAAAGGCAAAGGCCUGGGGAAGAAGAGAGACCCGUGCCUGCGGAAGUACAAGGAUUUCUGUAUUCACGGCGAGUGCAAGUACAUCCGAGAGCUGGGAGCUCCCUCCUGCAUAUGCCAGCCAGGGUAUCACGGAGAGCGCUGCCACGGCCUCUUGCUGCCGGUGGAGCACCCGCCCAGCGCGUACGACCACACCACGGCUCUGGCCGUGGUUGCUGUUGUCCUGUCCUCCCUGUGUCUCGUCAUCAUCGCAGCCCUGCUGAUGCUCAGGUGUCACAAGAGGGGUGGCUACGAUGUAGAAAACGAAGAGAAAAUCAAGCUGGGCAUCACUGUGAAUCACUGAGGAUGCCGGGUGCUGGCGAGGGGUCGGCACUAAUAACGCACUUCUACCUCCUGGAAGAGGCGAGACCAGCGGGGCUGCGGCACGGCGGGGGCUCGCUGGAGCACCAGGACGGCACCCGCGGCGGGGCCGCUCGGGCAGCGGCGGCACUGCAGGAGCUUCGUGGCCACCUCCGGGGACGGGGCGGGCUCGGGGGUGGGAGGGACCGGCUGCCCGGCGGCUCUCCGUCCACUGCAGUGCCGAGAAACAAACUGUGAAAGGGAGGAGACACCGGGCUCGGGGCUUCCUUCGCCGCAGGAGGGAGGGGGGGGGAGGGUAACAGCUAUUUAACAAGAUAUUUUUCAUUUUAAAUUAUAUAUUUAUUUUAGAUAAACUGUACAUAGUAUUUAUAUUUAUUGUAGGUCUGGCCCUGCGUCCUUCGUGUAGGUUCAGGAUGACAGGGGUCAGACCUCCCUUAUUUUUUAAGUGCAAUGUAAUAUUCUAAUAAAUAACACUUUGUAACAAA